AUGCGCUUCUCACUCACCGCCGCCCUCGUCGCCAUCGUGGCUGUUGUCGCUCUCACCGCCGCCCCUGCCCUCGCCUCCCCCGGCGAUGCCUCCGGCACCACCAUGUUCAAUGGCCUCGACUUCAGCUUCCCUGAACCCACCUCGGCCCUCACCACCCGCGCCGGCAAAUGCGGCUGGACCGAAGGCAUCCACUGCGCGGUCAUGGUCGCCGCCACCGGCGGUUGCUUCGCCGCCGUCGUCCUCGGCACUUUCGCCACUUCCGGCGCCGCUUUCGCUGCUUUCCUCGGAUGUGCCAUUGUUUCUGAGAACGGGGUCAAAGCGUGCUUGCCGUGCAUAAAGAAGGCGUGGAACAAGCUCGUGAAGCUUGCGCACAAGCACGGCAAGCGCCUUCCUUGGGAGAAGCGCCGUAGGGAUAUCGGGGCGCCCCGCAAGCCCAGUGCGAAGGCCGUGGCUGACUGUGUUUUCGAUCUGGUGAACAACGAGGGUUACAACACUGUUGCUGCCAACCAGUUCUACAUAGACCUUUACUCUGAACUUUUGCAUAGACAUCUCAUUCUAGAAUCCCAUCUCCCCCAAACUUUUAGACAUCCUCCAUAUGGGAAGCCGGCUAUGAUCCUUGAGCAAUGGAGGAGCGUUCGUGGCAUUCCGAAUGGUGUCAAAGGACGUGGUGGUGGGCAAUCUCAGAGAAAGAAUGCAUAUACCCUUUCACAUCACAAAGCAUUGAGAUUGAGCGGCAAAUGCCGGGUACAUGCUAUUCUUAUCCUUGGGAUAAGCACGGCAUAUAUUUGCCGGCACAGAGACGACGAACAGCAUUGCGAAAACCCACUUGCCGCCCACACAAUUGGGACUUGA